UUCGAUUGAACUGGAAACUUGAUGGAUCUCGUCGGUUGACAAGUCAAUCACGAUUAGCACGUUGUUCCGUUACGCGGAAAACUAUUCUUGUACUAUGCACACACGACCAUCAAUUUUCGCCUUUUUCUUUCUCAGGAACGCCUGAAUUGAGUAGGUUAUCGUGUCCAGACACCCACCACGUGCGGUUUCUUAUUUCGUGCAGUGUCGCUUUAUUCCUUGUGAGUGUAGUGAGUUUAUCCUCAUCAACGCGGAAUGCGGCCUCCUCAGGGUGGACGCAGUCCUCUUUAAUUGUGUCCAACGCUGGAAAAGCACAACCAAGGAACGAACGUAUCUCUGACGUUCUAUUUCCCACCAGCUUUCAUAGUGCCUCCGUUAAUAUCAACAUGUCGUCAGGGACUUUUGUGGACCGGAUAGAUCCCUUUGCCAAGAGAUCUCUAAAGAAGAAGGCGAGGAAGUCACAAGGAUCGUCUCGUUAUCGUAACUCUCAAGACAUCGAGCUUCAACAGUUACCACAGCUUAAAGAUGUUAUGCCAUCGGAUCAAGAAGAUUUAUUCAUUAGAAAGCUUCGACAAUGCUGUGUGACCUUCGACUUCAUGGAUCCAAUGGCAGAUCUUAAGGGCAAAGAAAUUAAACGUAGUACACUGAAUGAGCUGGUAGAAUAUAUUACAGUUGGACGAGGCGUUCUCACCGAGCCUGUCUAUCCAGAAAUUAUUAAGAUGAUUUCUGCAAAUCUGUUUCGCACAUUGCCACCCAGCGAGAAUCCCGAUUUCGAUCCAGAAGAGGAUGAUCCAACACUGGAGGCGAGCUGGCCCCACCUUCAGCUAGUUUACGAGUUCUUUCUACGUUUUCUUGAAUCUUCAGAUUUCCAGCCUACAAUUGGCAAAAGAGUUAUCGACCAAAAAUUUGUUUUACAGUUGCUGGAAUUGUUUGAUUCGGAGGAUCCUAGAGAAAGGGAUUUGUUGAAAACCGUCUUGCAUCGUAUAUAUGGAAAGUUCCUUGGCCUCAGAGCCUUCAUACGCAAACAAAUUAACAACAUUUUUUUGAGGUUUGUAUAUGAAACGGAGCAUUUCAACGGAGUCGGUGAACUUUUGGAAAUUCUGGGUAGCAUUAUCAACGGAUUUGCCCUUCCUUUAAAAAUCGAGCACAAGCAAUUCUUGGUUAAGGUGCUGCUACCAUUACAUAAGGUGAAAUGUUUAUCGUUAUAUCAUGCACAGUUAGCUUAUUGUGUGGUACAAUUUCUUGAAAAGGAUGCAACUCUAACAGAACCAGUUAUACGGGGUCUCCUUAAAUUCUGGCCUAAAACAUGUAGCCAGAAGGAGGUAAUGUUCCUUGGUGAAAUUGAAGAAAUUUUGGACGUCAUUGAACCUAGCCAAUUUGUUAAAAUACAAGAGCCCUUGUUCAGGCAAAUUGCACGUUGUGUAUCUUCACCGCAUUUUCAGGUAGCUGAAAGAGCGCUCUUCUUUUGGAAUAAUGAGUACAUAAUGUCAUUAAUUGAAGAAAACAAUCAUGUAAUAAUGGGAAUUAUGUUCCCGGCAUUGUAUAGAAUUAGCAAAGAACAUUGGAAUAAAACCAUCGUAGCGCUUGUUUACAACGUUCUUAAGACAUUUAUGGAAAUGAAUAGCAAACUGUUUGAUGAAUUAACUGCAAGUUACAAGUCCGAAAGGCAAAAAGAAAAAAAGAGGGAGAAGGAAAGGGACGAAUUGUGGAAGAAACUGAAUGAAUUGGAGGUAGAACGGCGUAAUGCUCUAACAACUACAGCCAACACACUAGUUUCUGUCACUACCACACCUGCGACACGAGCCCACCCCUGAGCUGGUGAUGGAAGUACAUUACCACGCUGCCCAAUCAUUAGUUCUUAGUUUACGUCGAUUGUCCAUACACUACAUGCAAAAAUUACUGUUGUUAGUGAAGCAAAGUGUCUCACACAAUGGCAUUCUUGACGUAAUGUAAUUCCUUUCGUUAGUUACGCCUGUUGGGCGAAACGGAGAAGAAGAAGAAACGAAUGAACGAAGCAGUAAUCACAAUUUCAUUCUUGAUGAUGAUUGUUGAGUUCUAAUAUUUUUAUUGUGUACAUUAAUUCCCACUUUUCUUUUUCCUUUUUCUUUAACCGCAAUGAUUUAAGUUGUAUAAUGUACUCGGUGUCAGCACAUGAUACGAGGAUGUUAGCCCCUUAACUAAAAUUUAACUAUGCUCGGUAGGAGGAAAUGAUCAAGGUGUAAAUUCAAAUAGAUAAAGUAUAUUGUUAUAACAUUGAGUUUUGCAUGUGAUAUUCGCUUCGGUUACUAAAUGGCUAAUAUUCUCCGAUGACUGACACACCUUACUCUGUUCUCGUCUCCAACGGAGCCAGCAGGAGCGUUGUUUGAAAUGUAUCAUAUAUUCGUAUUAAUGAUAAUGAUAACUAUAACAAAACAUAAUAAAGUUAGGCGUGUAUAUAUAUAUGUAUGUGUGUGUGUAUGUAUAUAUAUGUAUAUGUA